AUGACCGGCACCAGCAUGGAUGGUGUUGAUAUUGUUGCUGCUUCUUUUGAUCCAUUGCAGCUUCACGCCACCCUCACUCUUUCUUUCGACCCAGAUUUACGCGAUGAACUGAUGGCACUCACUUUGCCCGGUGACAACGAAAUCGACCGUAUGGGCAAAGCAGAUGUGGCUUUAGCAAAGAUGAUUGGCGAAGGCAUCAAUCAACUGAUUGAGCAAAGUCAUUUAGAUCGUAGUCAAAUCAAAGCUGUUGGCUCACAUGGACAAACCAUUCGCCACCGCCCAGAGCACGGUUUUACCUUGCAAAUUGGUGACCCAAACAUCAUCACUGAAAUCACCCAAAUUCCUGUGAUUUCAGAUUUUCGACGUCGUGAUAUGGCCGCAGGUGGACAAGGUGCCCCGCUGGUUCCUGCAUUUCACCAAGAUAUGUUCCAACAUGAGAGCAUUCAUCGUGUCAUCUUAAACCUAGGCGGCAUCGCCAAUGUCAGCAUGUUGCCCGCAGGCCAACCUGAUCAGGUCUACGGUUUUGAUACAGGCCCAGCC